UUGCCGGCGUGCGGGCGAUGGUUACAGCUGCCUCUGCCCGUGUCAGUGCGGUCCCCCACCCUCUCGCAUAGGCGUGAAGCUCUUUUCCUGUUUCACCCGAUGUAUUUAUUGUGGCAGUUCUGAUGGAGCCGCAGAGACAGAGCCUCGUUUCAAAAGUCGUCUCCUUCCCGUCUAGCCAGAAAUACUAAUACGGAGCAUUUGACCUGAUCUCUACAGCUGAAUCUCCUGAUAGUGGGAUUAGGACAGAGUGCCUUCAGAACCAAUAUGUAGCAAAUGGGUGUCACACCUCUGAAGCUCCUCCCUGGGUUCAACGCUUGCGUGUUUUAAGGAUCCUUGUUGCCUCAGCAUUGAAUUGUUCUUGUGGACUUCAGAAACAGAUUUCAUGUGGUGCUUGCUGAACAUUGAGUCACCAUGAGUAGUAAUCUAGGAAAAGAAAAGGACUGUAAAGAGAAGGAUCCAAAAGUCCAAUCGUCAAAAGAAAGGGAGAAGGAGGCCAAGGCCUCUGGAGGGUUUGGGAAAGAGGGCAAAGAAAAGGAGCCUAAGACCAAAGGGAAAGAUGCCAAAGAUGGAAAGAAGGACUCCAGUAGCACGCAGCCUGGGGUGGCUUUUUCAGUGGACAAUACGAUAAAAAGACCUAAUCCUGCCACAGGUACUCGCAAAAAAUCCAGCAAUGCUGAAGUGAUCAAAGAGCUAAAUAAAUGCCGGGAAGAGAAUUCCAUGCGCUUGGACUUGUCCAAGAGGUCUAUACACUUGCUUCCAUCAGCUAUCAAAGAGCUAACGCAGUUGACAGAACUUUAUUUAUACAGUAACAAACUGCAGUGCCUACCGGCAGAGGUGGGCUGUCUUGUGAACCUGGUGACGCUGGCUCUGAGUGAGAACUCACUCACCAGUUUGCCUGACUCUCUUGAUAACUUGAAGAAACUGCGCAUGCUUGACCUGCGGCAUAACAAACUGAGAGAAAUCCCCUCGGUGGUGUACAGGCUAAGCUCCCUCGCCACUCUGUACCUACGCUUUAAUCGUAUAACUACUGUGGAAAAGGAUAUCAAAAACUUGUCAAAACUCACCAUGCUUAGCAUACGAGAGAACAAAAUCAAGCAACUACCUGCUGAAAUUGGUGAGUUGUGUAACCUCAUCACGCUGGAUGUAGCGCACAAUCAGCUUGAACAUCUUCCAGAAGAGAUUGGAAGCUGCACACAGAUCACCAACCUUGACUUGCAGCACAAUGAGCUCCUGGACCUGCCAGAAACCAUAGGAAAUCUGUCCAGUCUAAGUCGUCUUGGCCUGAGGUACAAUAGGCUGUCAGCAAUUCCCAAGUCUUUAGCAAAAUGCAGUGAGCUUGAUGAGCUGAACUUGGAGAACAACAACAUUUCUACUUUACCAGAGGGUCUUUUAUCCAGCCUUGUCAAACUGACUAGUUUAACGUUGGCCAGGAACUGCUUCCAGUCCUAUCCUGUGGGUGGCCCGUCCCAGUUCUCCACAAUCUACUCUCUCAAUAUGGAGCACAACCGCAUCAAUAAAAUCCCCUUCGGAAUUUUCUCUAGAGCUAAAGUAUUAAGUAAGCUGAACAUGAAGGACAAUCAGCUGACAUCUCUCCCCCUGGACUUUGGGACUUGGACAAGUAUGGUAGAACUGAACUUAGCGACUAACCAGCUCACAAAAAUCCCUGAGGAUGUAUCUGGGCUUGUUUCUCUUGAGGUUCUUAUCUUGUCAAACAAUCUCCUAAAGAAACUUCCCCAUGGAAUUGGAAAUCUGCGGAAACUCCGAGAGUUAGAUCUAGAGGAAAACAAACUGGAAUCCUUGCCAAAUGAAAUAGCUUACCUCAAGGAUCUGCAGAAAUUGGUUCUGACUAACAAUCAGCUGACCACCCUUCCCAGAGGAAUCGGUCACCUUACCAAUCUGACGCACCUUGGGCUCGGAGAGAACCUUCUCACACACCUUCCUGAGGAAAUUGGUACACUGGAGAAUCUGGAAGAACUGUAUUUGAAUGACAACCCCAAUCUGCACAGCCUUCCCUUUGAGCUGGCUCUUUGCAGCAAACUGUCAAUAAUGAGUAUUGAGAACUGCCCGCUCAGCCACCUUCCACCUCAGAUUGUUGCAGGAGGACCCUCCUUCAUCAUUCAGUUCCUAAAAAUGCAGGGACCAUAUCGUGCCAUGGUCUGAUGCUCAUCGACUUGUCCAAUACACUGUACAAAAUACAAACUGCAUUAAUGUUGUAAUUGUCUGUAUAUGUAUAUAUAAUAUAAUAUAUGUGGUUUAUAUUAUAUUAUAUAUAUAUAAAUAUAUAAAUAAUAUAAAAAGGCAAAUUUAAGACUGCAUUAUGUGUUUCUGCUAAUAGAGGAAUCAUAGCCAUUUAGAUUUUUUUUUUUUUUUUAUUCUGUAAAAAUGCUUGUCUAAGUUUUCUUUGCUGAACUCAAUGGAAGUUGUCUGAAUAAUCUGAAAAUGCCAGUUCAUUUAAAGCAAUUGCCAAUGAAAUCAAAGUUUAAAUUUAAGGGACAAAACCAGUUUUGCUUAGGUUUACUUUCAGUUAAGAGAAAUGUAUAACCUCUAUAUAAUGAACUUUUCUGUUUUGCUCUCCCCCCCUUUUAUUUUUUUUGUGUCAAAACCUGAAAGGGUCAAGUGCCCUGAGGUUGGGAUUUUCUUUUAACUUAUUUUGAGAUUUGAAGCAAAUGGUGUUUUUAUAUUGUUUACAGUCAGAGUAAAUCACUGGAUUUUGUUUUAUUCUGAUUUGCUCUGUUUUAAUCAAUCAUAUCUAGAGUUUAUAUGCCUCUGCUGAUGAAUUUUUAUCAACCAGUUUGUAUACUAAAAACAUACUCAUCAGAACAACUGGCAGGUGAAAAGGAUGCAGUCAAAACAAAAAGAAAAGAAAAAUAGCUUGAAUUCCUUUAAGUCUUGCUUCCCUGAGUUAUCAGUUGCAGGCAUAACAUAUCUGAACUGAGCCUUUUGCAGUUGGUCUUUUCUAGCACAAGUAAACCUUUUCAGAUUGGUAAAAAUGUGGAUUUUCCUCAGUGAAGAGCGGUUUUCAUUGUGUGAAGUAACAAGUCCAUGAGGUCUAACAGUACAGUUAAGUGACAAGGAAAUAAUAUAUAUGUACAUUUUUAUUACAAUGUUGAGUCAUAAACUACAACAGGCAAUUUUAAGGGUUCCUUAUAGACCUUGUACAAUAAAUGAAUGUGUCUUACUUUUAAACA